AUGCUGAAGGAGCUCCAGAUCUCCCUUUCAAUCUUUUUGCUGUUCGCUUCUGGAUUGCUGUAUGAAAUGAUGCUGAAACCCAGAUGCUUCUUUUCGUGCACACCUGUACACAAGGCCAUGAUGAAACCUGAGGACAUUUUAAGACACAGAAGAAACAUUGUAUUCCUGGAGACCACUAAUCGGUUGGAACCUUCUCCCUUAGUUUCAUGUGCUGUUGAGUCUGCAGCUAGAAUAUAUCCAGAAAGGUCAAUUAUUUUUUUAAUGAAAGGACUGGAUAAUAAUUCUACUCAUUUGCCAUUAAAUGUUAGCUACCCAGGCUUCUCCCUCUUGUCAGCAAUUGAGAAUGUCUUUUUUUUCCCUCUUGUCAUGGAAACUUUGCUGCAGGAGACACCCCUUUUCUCGUGGUAUACUCAAGUCAAUUCCAGUGCAGAAAAGAACUGGAUCUACAUCAGCUCAGAUGCUUGUAGGCUCGCUUUCAUCUGGAGAUAUGGUGGGAUCUACAUGGAUACAGACAUGAUUUCCAUCAGACCCAUUCCAGAGGAUAAUUUUCUGGCAGCACAGAGUUCUAAAUUCUCUAGCAAUGGCGUUUUUGGGUUCCACCAUCAUCACUCUUUCAUUUGGGACUGCAUGGAAAAUUUUAUUGAGCACUAUAAUGGGAACAUUUGGGGCAACCAGGGUCCUGGAUUAAUGACAAGAAUGCUGCAGCUAUCAUGUAAUCUUACAGAUUUUCAUGAGAUAAAAGACCUCAGGUGUCCAAACUUACUCUUUUUACACCCCCAGCGGUUUUAUCCCAUCUCAUAUCCACAAUGGAAACGUUACUAUGAAGUCUGGGAUAUAGAACCAAGUUUCAAUGCCUCCUAUGCCUUGCAUUUGUGGAACUACAUGAACCGGGGGAAGAAAGCUGUGAUUAGAGGGAGCAACACAUUGGCAGAAAAUCUUUAUCGAAAGUACUGCCCAAUAACUUAUAAGAAUCUCAUUCAAGGCAAAGAGAGAAUGGAUCAAGGAAAGCCAAAACACACUCUCUCCCCAUCCCCCAGUAAAUAA